UGCCCCGUCUGGCGUCUGCUCCAGUGCAGCCUGUGUGUGCAAGGCCUGUCAUUCCAUGAGUUCACCAUCUCUUUCCCAAAUUGGCUUCUGGAUUUUUGCCGUCUCAAAAACGAAAACAUCAACAACAGUAAUAGAUUCUCCUAUCGUUUCUGUUAUUAGUUCUUACCUGUUACUCAUUAAGGUUUCAGACUUUGACAAUACCAGAAAAAAAUCACAUCCAUCAACCUCUUACAAGUAGUACUAUUUAGUAUUUGACCAAAUGGUCCAAUUAACCCCACCAAAAACCAUAAAUAUGUUACUCAGAAACCGGUAGUGGCAGAGCAGGUAUACUUACUGCAAACAUGACUUGAAAAGUCUACCAUUACAUGUCACUACAUAGUCUCUCACGAAGAAGACAAGAUGUAAUUUUGGUAACCACAUCUAAAACUCUCUUGGACAAAAUCAAAUUACUAAUUUAUUCUUAGUUUUUCUCUCCCUCCAAAAUAUAAAACUCUCUCUUUUCUGUGCAAUUCCUUGAGUAACUGAAACAUGGCUACUUCCCUUUUUCUUCUUCUUCUUCUUCUCUCUUUGCAAAGCCUCAUCACCUCUGCUAGCAAUGUUCACAUUGUUUACAUGGGAGAGAAGAAACAACACUUGGAACCUAAAUUGAUUCAUGAAUCUCACCUUAAUAUCCUUUCUACAUUAUUCAGCAGUGAAGAAGAGGUUAAAGCUUCACUUUUGUAUAGUUACAAGCAUGGGUUUUCUGGGUUUGCUGCAGUGCUAACAGAAUCUCAAGCACAAACUAUUGCAGAAUUUCCUCAAGUCAUUGGUGUGGUUCCGAACCGAAUUCUUAGUUUACAUACAACUAGAAGCUGGGAUUUUUUGCAGUUGGAUUCCGUUAGUCCGGGCGGAAUCAUGAAUAUGGGUCAAGGGGGUGAUGGGGCGAUUAUUGGUAUCAUGGAUACUGGAAUAUGGCCGGAGUCCAAAAGCUUCAGAGAUCAUGGAAUGGGAGAAGUUCCAUCUCGAUGGAAAGGGGUGUGUGAAGAAGGAGAAGAAUUUAGUGUUUCUCAUUGUAACAGGAAAAUUAUUGGUGCACGUUGGUAUAUUAAAGGAUAUGAGGCUGAAUUUGGUGCUCUAAAUACAAGUGAAAGUGUCGAAUUCAUGUCUCCAAGAGAUGCAGUGGGCCAUGGUACUCACACCUCGUCUAUUGCAGCUGGUAGUCUGGUGAAAAAUGCAAGCUUAUUUGGUCUCGCUCGUGGAGUAGCAAGGGGAGGUGCUCCGUCAGCUAGGUUGGCAAUCUACAAAGUUUGUUGGGCUACUGGUGGCUGCAGCUCCGCUGACCUGUUAGCUGCAUUUGAUGAUGCCAUUUAUGAUGGUGUUGAUGUGCUUUCAGUGUCUCUUGGCUCACCACCACCUCUUGCUUCAUAUGUAGAGGACAUUUUGUCCAUUGGUUCUUUUCACGCUGUGGCUAAAGGAAUCAACGUGGUUUGUUCUGGAGGCAAUUCUGGUCCUUAUGCACAGACAGUAAUAAACACUGCGCCUUGGGUAAUAACCGUGGCAGCAAGCACAAUUGAUAGAGCUUUCCCUACUUCGAUCACCUUUGGGAACAACCAAACCAUUGUGGGACAAGCAUUUUAUAUUGGGAAGCAUGUUCACAAAUUAUACCCGAUAGUGUUUGGACAAGAUAUUGCUUCCAGUGAUUCAGACGAAGAUAAAGCAAAGAGUUGUGAUGUGAGUUCUCUAAAUGCAACUUUAGCAAAAGGAAAAGUGGUCCUUUGUUUCCAAUCCAGACAACAGACGUCUGGCGCGCUUGCUACUAGAACUGUGACGAGAGCGGGGGGUGUUGGUGUCAUAUUCGCUCAGUUUCCAACAAAAACUAUUGGUUUGUCACUGGAUUUUCCAUCUAUCCAGUUGGAUUAUGAGAUGGCAACAUUACUUCUUACGUAUAUGGGAACGACAAGGGAACCGGUUGUUAGGUUUAGUCGUACAAAGACAGUUCUAGGAAGGGUGACUUCUCCAGAAGUGGCAUUUUUUUCUUCUCGAGGACCUAGUUCUCUCUCUCCAGCAGUACUGAAGCCAGACAUUGCAGCUCCCGGGGUAAAUAUCUUGGCGUCAUGGCCUUCUCUUUCGCCACCCUCAUCUAGUAUGGAUCACAAUCAAUUACCUGUUGAAUUCAAUAUUGAAUCAGGGACCUCCAUGUCCUGUCCCCAUAUAUCCGGUGUCGUGGCUCUUCUCAAAACUGUACACCCAAACUGGAGCCCAGCGGCAAUAAAGUCUGCACUGAUCACAACAGCUUCUAUUAAAGACGAAUACGGGCUGAAUAUCGUCGCCGAGGGAGCUCCACACAAGCAAGCUGACCCAUUCGACUAUGGAGGUGGCCAUGUUAAUCCUAACAAAGCACUUGAUCCUGGUCUAGUUUAUGACAUGGGAAUCUUAGACCAUGUACAUUUCCUUUGUUCCAUGGGGUACAACAAUUCUAUAAUCAGCUUAAUGACAAAGCAUCCUGUCAUGUGCUCCAAGGCAUCGAAGUUGCAAACAAACCUCAACCUGCCUUCCAUUUUUAUUCCAGAGCUGCGCAAGAGCUCAGUGGUCUGGAGAACUGUUACAAAUGUUGGACCUGUAAACUCCGUUUAUACGGCUAGUGUUAAAGCUCCCCCUGGCGUGAAACUACAAGUUACGCCAUCCGUUUUAUCGUUCAACUCCACAACAACCAAGCUAAAGUUCAAGGUGUGUUUUCAAUCUAAAUUAACAAUACAAGGUAGGUACGCAUUUGGAAGUCUUUCAUGGAAAAAUGCCUUGCAUGUAGUAAGGAUUCCAUUGAUCGUCCGAACCGUUAUCAAUGAUUUUUAUGCCGAUACCUAAUGAACAUUGAGGUAAAAUCUUGUAUUCAUAUCACCAAAUAGAAGACGAAACCAUUGCAAACUCACCAAUUUUUAUCUUCACCCCAAAACUUUGCAAACAUAAACCAUAUCUGUUUCUCUGCAUUGGCUUUAAGGUAGUAAAAUUACUGAA